GUUUUUAUCGUGGUAAUGGAAGCAACGAAUUUCGGGUUAUACGCCACUGCGCGUUCGGCACAUCAUUGGUCUCGGGGCGCUGGAAGCGGUCGGUACGCGAAUGCAUCCACCGCCUCUUUCUGCCCCUCCAUUGGGCGGCGCUCCAUGCGCGUCGCAGUCGUCUAGAGUCGACGGGCUCAGUCUUCGUUGGAUCGUUGCCAAGUGUGUGUCGUAGAUCGGUGCACUCGUUUACCCUUGUGCGUCGAUUCGGCGUGGUUUUUCGUUCGCCUCGACUCUUCUUCCCUUUUUCUCUCUUUUUCCCUCCCUUUCAGUUCCCGAUUUUUUUCUCCCCCGCACAGACAAGAGACCCAGUGUGUUAUAUGUUACAUGCGCGCGCAAGCCGCUCGUUGCGUAGCGGGUCGGACCAGUGGUGAAACACGGCCAAGAAAGAUAAAAACGCUGUGUGCUGUUGUGCGUGUGCGGAGUGUGCAAUAUUUUGGUUACAUCCGGGAUAAAAACGCCACGAAAGCAAACACGAGGUGUAUCGUAAAACUCACCGAAAACGUCGCGCGAGAUAUGGAUUGGGCGCUCAAGGCUCGCCGAACGUACAAAGCGAAUCGUUGCGUGAGCGGGGGCGGUGGCCGCGCAAACAGUGCGACUGGCGGUACCGGAGGCGGUCUAGGUAACACUACCAUCACUGGCGUCGCCUGGCACCUCAGGCACAAACUACCCCUUGGAAAACAGUGCCUCGAACAUCGUCUUCAGCACCGGCAUCACCAUCGGUCCCCCUAUCGGGCCGUAAACAUGGGCCAAAAGAUUUCAGGCGGUGUGAAAAGCGUGACACGUGAGGCUGCAGCUGGAUCUGUUGGUGGAGUUGGCGUCGGCGGUGGCGGCGUCGUAGCGUACAAACCCGUGGUACCAAGAGAGCUGGCGCAACACUUUGCGAGGCCACCGCGGCUCGAUGUCCUGCUCGACAUGCCACCCGCCUCGCGGGAGACGCAGAUUCAUCAUAGCUGGAACGCCAACGACCGUAGCCUCAACAUAUUCGUUAAGGACGAUGACAAAUUAACGUUUCACCGACACCCAGUGGCUCAAAGCACAGAUUGCAUAAGGGGGAGGGUAGGAUACACGAAAGGUAUGCAUGUCUGGGAACUGUUCUGGAGCACGAGGCAAAGAGGCACGCACGCCGUAGUGGGCGUCGCGACGGCAGAGGCACCUCUUCACAGCGUCGGAUACCAGAGCCUGGUUGGCAAUAACGAACAAAGUUGGGGUUGGGAUCUCGGUAGAAACAAGCUUUUGCACGACUCGAAGAACAAUGCCGGUGUCACGUACCCGGCUCUACUUAAACCCGACGAAACGUUCAUUGUUCCUGACAAAUUCCUCGUGGUCUUGGACAUGGACGAAGGUACGUUAGCUUUCGUUGUGGAUGGUCAAUACCUUGGAAUCGCAUUCAAAGGCCUUAAAGGCAAAAAGCUGCAUCCUAUUGUAUCCGCUGUAUGGGGACACUGUGAGAUCACGAUGAAGUACAUCGGUGGACUUGAUCCUGAACCAUUGCCUUUGAUGGAUCUUUGUCGAAGAGUGAUUCGAAAACGAAUCGGCAAGGAUAAGAUAGACGAGAAAGUGAACGCGCUGAGCUUGCCGUUAGCGGUGAAGACUUAUCUCCUGUAUCGUGACAGGAGGUAACUACCGAGUGCUAGCUCCGAAACCACUACCACCACGAUUACGACUGUGAACACCACCGCCCUAUUGAAUCAUUGCCACCACGACGCACAGGGGAACGCCCGCUACCCCGUCGCAAGCCACCGAACGCACCAGCCCAUAAGCCGCUUGUACGAUCCAUGGUGUUUGUAUCCAUGUAAGGAUAAGUCGAGACGAGCACGAUCAACGUGGUCGCGUACGUCGUCGUCGUCGUCGUCGUCGUCGUCGUCGUCGUCGUCAUCGUCGUCGUCUUCGUCUUCGUCUACGUCUACGUCUACGUCUACGUCAUCCUCAUCAUCAUCGUUGGCAUGAUAUUUGUCACCAUUAUCAUAUGUUCAUCAUUGUCGUUGUCAUAGUCGUUGUUAAUCUGAUCGUUAUCGUCGUUGUCGUUCCCGCAUACAAUCGGACGAAGCUACAUGAAAAAAAAAACAAGAAAAUCGGACGCGCAGACGGGACACAUACGCGAACCGUAUCAGGUCUAGCGAAUUAUUUAGAUAAUAUUGUUGUCUUGUGUUAACGUCGAUAUGAUUAAAAUCGUGAAGGAGUCUUUAUUAAUUGUUAAUAAUGAAAAAGUGACGUACGAUGCAGUUGAAUAGCUUUCCGAGCACAUCGCUCGACGCUGUUAUUUUUUCACUUUAUUUUCUUUUUCUUUUCUUUUUUUUUUUGUAGUCCUUUAAGUUGUCGCGUUACUAGAACGUUCUGCGUCUGACGAAGAAGAUGCAAGGUGAGAAAUCGAGGACCUGAGUGUGAGGAUGAGAAUACAUACACGUGCGGCUCGGUCAAGUGGAAAAAUCAAUAGAAAAAAAUGAGCACAAGGAAAAUAGUUCUUCACACAGUUGGCCAGUAAAACGUUUAGUCGAGUCUAAAGGCUGAUACGGAUAACGUUUCGGUUAUUAGUCAACGAUGGGUAGCGGGCUUGUUCUAGUCCGGGCACACUGCGCUAAUAGAAAACGAGAAGACAAUGG